CGAACCGCUUUGCAUGCAGCAUCCUUCGGAACGCGAUUUGCUGCGGCGUCUGUAGCCGAACCACGUGAGCAGGCGGUGCGCGUGACGUGAGCGCUGUGAGCGACAGAAAGCCGAAGCUCGGGCUGGUGGAACCGGGAAGUGGUUUCGGUGUGUGGACGUUGGCGUGGUCGAGGCGCGUUUUCGAGCCCGACGGUUCCACCAGACGGACGGCGCGAGGCAGGAGGAGCGCAGCGGAGCGCGCGCGCUGUCAACCCGCAGCAGAGCGGAGCGUCUCAGGUGGAGCUCGCGCGCGCCUCCGUGUUUCUCACCGCUCAGUCAUUUCGUCAGUCGGUGUCAGAGAGGUUUUUAUUACGUUUGCACCGUGGACUUUCAUCCUACACCUUCACCCAAGACAAGAAUGGAGUCGCACACCCAGAGGAAUCCUGAUGUCCAGUCAACUGCAGAACUGAAAGGGGAGUCCGUUCUUCUUCCAGGCUCCUCAGAGAGCUGCUCCUCUGCACCCCGCUCAUUAUCAGUAGCUCCGACUAGGCCGAAGGGGCCACAAAGAACUCCCCCUGUAGAAGGCUCCAGUGACAUGUCAGUGCUUGAAGAUUAUCCUGAACUGUGUCAGGACAAAGCGGACUCUCCUGUUCCCAACAAGGCCAGCCAAGCAUCACGUCCAGCCCAGCAGCUCUGUGAUGACAAACCUUCUAGACCAUCCACGCUGCCUGGACAUGCAGCUGCAGCGAGGAGCCACAUCUCAGUUAGAGCAGCCUCACUUCCUCAGGCACCAUCCUACAAACCGCCACUCACAGAUCCCAGCGUUCACCCUCAGAGGGCGCUGUCUGUAGCGGGAACUGCUGAUACAAAACCUCAAACUGAUGAGGAUUUCAGAGUGCACAUAAUCACAUGGAACGUGGGCUCUGCCAUGCCUCCGGAUGACAUCACUUCCUUGUUGGGGCUGAAUGUAGGCAAUGGGAAUACAGACAUGUAUAUUGUAGGGUUACAGGAAGUGAACUCUAUGAUCAAUAAACGACUGAAGGAUGUCCUUUUCACAGACCAGUGGAGUGAAGUGUGCAUGGACACGCUAAGCCGCUUUGGAUACGUAUUGGUGACAUCACAGAGAAUGCAGGGUGUAUUGCUGCUGGUGUUUGCAAAGUAUUACCACCUGCCUUUUAUCAGAGGCAUACAAACUGAAAACACGCGUACCGGGCUCGGGGGAAUCUGGGGAAAUAAGGGUGGAGUCAGCGCUCGGAUGAGUGUGUUCGGCCACGCCGUAUGCUUCCUGAACUGCCACCUGCCGGCACACAUGGAGAACUCAGAGAAGCGCAUGGAGGAUUUUGAGAGCAUUCUUCAGCAGCAACAGUUUGAAGGUCAAGCUGCAAUGGGAGUCCUGGAUCAUGAUGUUGUUUUCUGGUUUGGGGAUUUAAACUUCCGGAUUGAAGACUUGGAGAUGCAUGUGGUUAAAUCUGCUAUUGAUACUAACAAACUGUCCCUGCUAUGGGAAAAGGACCAGCUGAACAUGGCCAAAGACACUGAAACAGUACUGGAGGGCUUCCAGGAAGGACCUCUGAAAUUCCCUCCGACCUACAAGUUUGAUGUGGGAACUGACACAUAUGAUACCAGUGGGAAAAAACGGAAGCCAGCAUGGACUGAUCGCAUUCUGUGGCGUAUGAGGCCAAUGGCUCCAGCUAGCAGUGCAUCCAAGCGUAGCUCAGUGUCAGGCCUCACCAGCGGCACUCGAGUUAUACAGCACUUCUACCGCAGUCACAUGGAGUAUACUGUUAGUGACCACAAGCCUGUCUCCUCCAUCUUCACCCUGCAGUUCCCAUACAAGGUGGACAUCCCCUUGGUAACACUUAUUGUGGAGGACGAAUGGCGGGAAGUCACUGACGCUGUGGUCAGAUUUAAGGUGGCACCCAAUUACUCUAGAAGCUCCUGGGACUGGAUUGGACUUUACAAGGUUGGAUUUAAACAUCAUAAAGACUACGUGGGUUACGCUUGGGCCAAACAGGAGGAAUCGGAUUACCUGAGACAGGAGCACCACGUUACCUUUGCAGAGGAGGAGCUACCGAAGGAGCCUGGCGACUACAUUUUGGGUUACUAUAGCAACAAUAUGACCUCCAUCGUGGGUGUUACUGAGCCAUUCCAGAUCCAGUUGCCCUCAUCCAGCACGGCUGGUCUCAGUCCCUCCGACAGCUCAGACUUUACCUCUGAGGAUGAGGUGAAGAAGGGCAGCAGCAGUAGCAGCCGCAGCGCCACACCCACCGGACAGGAGGGAACCUUCCACAAACAUCGUUCCAGACACGACUCUUCUCAUUCCGCAUCCAGUUCAAAGGAUGGCAGCCCCGUUAAAACACGUGACUCUUCAGGUGAUCGAGACUCAAACUCAGGGAAAAACAGCGCAAAGCCAGAAGUGUCCUAAACGAGCACACUGAGACGAUGCAGCUGGCAUGCAGAUGUAGCGUGGGAGAUGAAGGAUUGUCACUUGUGCUUUCUCUGUAUCAUGACGUCGUCUGACGUCGUUUUAUGUGUGUCAGGACAGAUUUAGGCCUUUAGUAGCUCUCUCUAGGAGUUAGGAUGGAUUAUGGACUGAAGUAAAGUCUUUGUUUGUGUUGCA